UAACCGGAAGUGCGUAAGCGGAAGACGAUAACGUUCGCUUUUUGUUAGUUGGCGGCACGUUUUUCUGGUCUUUUUGGCGUUUUAAGAAAAGUGGUUUUCAACCCGGGGCGGGCAGCAGGAGAUUAACGCAGUAAGGAGCAUAGAAUCUGCCAAGAGGCUCAGCAACAUGUCCCUCACAUGCUUCAUCAGUAAUGAGGUGACAGACCGGCCUUGUGUGUCUCCCCUGUCGGGUCAUGUCUUUGAUAGGCGCCUCAUUGAGAAAUAUCUGGCUGAAAAUGGGACAGAUCCAAUAACUAAUCAACCACUGAGUGAAGAUCAGUUGAUUGAUAUUAAAGUUGCUCAUCCAAUUCGUCCAAAGCCACCUUCUGCUACAAGUAUCCCUGCGAUCCUAAAGUCCCUGCAGGAUGAAUGGGAUGCUGUAAUGCUUCACAGCUUCACUCUAAGGCAGCAGCUACAGACCACUCGCCAAGAACUUUCCCAUGCUCUCUACCAACAUGAUGCUGCUUGUCGUGUCAUAGCCCGUCUUACUAAGGAAGUAACAGCUGCACGUGAAGCUCUGGCUACAUUGAAACCACAAGCUGGCAUUUCUAUGCAGGCCAACCCUACCCCUCAAGUAGGCGCAGCAGGUUCUGCAGAGGCUAUGGACUUGGGAGAAUUGGUGGGAAUGUCAUCAGAAAUCAUACAGAAGCUUCAAGACAAAGCAACAGUGCUCACCACGGAGCGCAAGAAGCGAGGUAAGACAGUCCCAGAAGACCUCAUCAAGCCAGAAGAGCUCAGCAAGUAUCAUCAAGUUUCUUCACAUGUGGGCUUACAUAGUGCAAGUGUUCCUGGCAUCUUGGCUUUGGAUUUGUGUCCAACAGACACCAACAAAACCCUUACAGGUGGCGCUGAUAAGAGUGUUGUGGUGUUUGAUGCAAUGUCUCAGCAGAUCCUGGCAACUCUUAAAGGUCACUCCAAAAAGGUCACCAAUGUUGUGUUUCAUCCUUCCCAGGAGUUGGUGUUCUCUGCCUCACCUGACUGUUCAAUACGUGUGUGGUCUGUGCCAGACUCUUCUUGUGUUCAAGUUUUAAGAGCUCAUGAAGGGGCUGUGACUGGUCUAAGUCUGCAUGCAACUGGAGACUACCUAUUGAGCUGCUCAGACGACCAGUACUGGGCAUUCUCUGACAUUCAUGCAGGACGUGUUCUCACCAAAGUAACAGAUGAGACUUCUGGCUGCGCUCUUACCUGUGCUCAGUUUCACCCUGAUGGACUCAUUUUUGGUACAGGGACCAUGGAUUCUCAAAUUAAGAUCUGGGAUUUGAAGGAACGAUCAAAUGUGGCCAAUUUUCCUGGGCAUUCUGGCCCUGUAUCAUGUGUGGCGUUUUCAGAAAAUGGGUAUUACUUGGCAACUGCUGCUGAAGAUUCCAGCGUCAAACUGUGGGAUUUACGGAAACUAAAGAACUUCAAGACCCUGCAACUAGAAGAGGGAUACCAGGUUCGAUCCCUGGUAUUUGACCAAAGUGGUACAUAUCUUGCAGUUGGAGGUAGCGACAUCCAAGUUUAUAUCUGCAAGCAAUGGGCUGAAGUUUUGCAUUUCACAGAUCACAGUGCACUUACAACAGGUCUGGCAUUUGGUCAAAAUGCAAAGUUUCUGGCAUCUACAGGCAUGGAUAGGAGUCUACGUUUUUACAGUCUUUGAUGUGACAGUUUGGACAUUGCUAAUAUGAUGAAACCAUACCAUUGACAUAGUUUGUGUAACAUGCUUAUGGCUUGUGUCAUAUGUUUGUAAUGGCUGUGUUGGAUAGCUGAUCUAUUAGAGUGUAUGCUCUUCUGCAGAACCUUUAAGGGUACUUUCACAGUGUUUUUCUUUUCCGGCACGGAUUUCCGUCAAAAGGGCUCAAUGCCGGAAAAGAAUUGAUCAGGUGCAUUCUGAAUGGAGAGUAAUCCGUUCAGGUUGUCUU